CCAACGGGGUGAAAGUGAAGAGUUGAAAGGUCGCGGGGACGCCGUGGUGACGGGCUGUUACCGCUUAUCCCUGUCCGGCAUGCUGCAGCUAACUUGAAGCAAGACUGGUUUUUAUAUGACUCUCUAAGUUUUUAUUUCUGUCAUGAAUGCUGUUGGAAGUUUCGUUAAUUAUGUAGCUCUCCGUGCCCCAGCAGUCUGCAUUAGCGUUGUGACUUGUGCCGCAGCCCGCCUGUAAGCUUAGCCAGCGCGCUAAGGCUAACCGCGGCCACUCAGCUUUCGGGUCACGUCUGCAAUGGGAAGAGCACAGACAGAAAACGAGGGCCUGUGCUUGUUUUCGGAUGGCUGAUCCAUGCUUUCCUUAGGGUUUUUGGUGGUAUUGUUUCUGAUUCCUAAACUGAACUUCAAGUGGGUGGUUGAGAGGGUUUGAAGGACUGAAGCCAAUAGAUGGCCAGACAGGAAUGCAGAAAAGUCUCGUUUGUGCAGAGUGACCUUGAUUAGAAAAGCAGAUGUGAGGUUUGUGGGCUUAUUAAGAGGUAGGAGUGGUAGCAGCAGGUGGUAUGGUGGACAGAUACAAACCUGUAAGCACAUGGGUGCUGGUGCCACGUUUACAAGGUGUCUCGCCCUAGCAUAGUACUCUUAAUCAUAGUAAUUAACUUCCGUUAUACUCACAUUGUAUAUGGCAUUAGGGCACAAAACGUUAAAUUUGACACCUGUAUCUGGGUGGAAAAAGACAAGAGUUGCUUGGUUUUGUGUGAGGUGGUGAUGUUAUCGUGCCAAUUUGUUCGCAUGACAGCUUUCAUCCACAGGGAAUUAUGGGCCGUUUGCAUUUGCCCUUCCCACGAUGGGAGAGUUCCAUCCCUGGGGAAGAUGUGUGUGUUGGGGGAAGGUGCGAUGGGUCGGUCGGGGUGUGCAUUGGGAGGGCUUCAGAUGAAUGUGCUGAGUUAGUGAGUCCUUCACCUCUCUCACGCCUCAUAUUUUCCAUCGUUAAAAAAAACUCCCAGCCGGGGCAUAAGUGCUGAAUUAACUACUUUACAGCGGUGCACGGAGCUGCUGUGUCAUGCUGACGACGACGCGGGUUGGGAGAUCUGUGGCUGGGGCGAGGCUUUCAAGCAGGAGAUGGAGAUGAGCUCGCCUGGGUCAUUUAGGGUUUAUGGUGGAGGAGGGGUGGAUGAGCACGGUUGGCGCAGCUGUGGCUGUUUGCCUCGCCAACCUCGGGAACGUCCCAAAUUAGAUUUGUUCCAUAAAACAAUUACACAACAUGCUUAUUUCAGAAAAACAGGCGGAUGCCUCUUCUGACUUCAGCCCCUGUGACCUUUUCAUCAUUACCUGUAAUUGUAUAGGUGUUCUUCUUUCCCCAUGUACGGAAAAUAAAUGGAAUCUCACUGUAACUUGCAGAAACAUGAUGCCCACAUGACUUCCAGUGGCUGGUCUGUGAAAUAUGCUGCACAAGUGUCUUGUUAAUGGUUGACGUGUGUAUUUUCACUUCUGCAGUCGCUGGUUUAUUUUUACCUAAUUUGUCAGCUUUAUCCUUCAUUUUUUCCCCCAUCCUCAUUCAGGUCUGACUUGUCGGAAUGACUUCUUGGCUCUGUAUCUGUGUGGAAUUUCUCUGCGUUGUAGGCUUGAGGUGUGGUUGGAUUUCAGUCGGCGCCCUGAGCCAUUUUGACAGGGAGUCUUGCGGAGUUGCUGUGUAAUUGGCCCUGUUAUCUGCUUGUAAGUGCGCCUCUGGCGGGCAGCUUCUAGAGCGCGGCGCUGGCUUGUCGUCUCCAUUUCAGGCUGAAUAAGCGGUGACAGGAAGACACAUUUUGCGUUACUUGCAGCAUGUUCACCACUUUGUGCCGGGCAGCGGUGGUGUGCAGUGUGUACAUUACAAGGUUGGCGGAAAACAUGCAGUCCUGCGGGGUUGAACACUGAGUUUCCUUGGUUAGCUUUUGAUUGAUUCCUGUGGUUUGCAGCAUGGUUUCGGCGCUGAAAUGGAAAACGUGUGUAUGUUUGUGUGUGCGUGCUAGCGAGUGUAUGCCCACGUCUGCCACAGCUCUCAGAUCCCCCAGGUGGGCAGGACGGGUGUGUGUUGGUGUAGGCAAGUUGGAAAACAUUUUUGGGGAGUCCCCCCCCUCAAGGGCUCUCUGGGUAACAGGAAGAAGUGAGUAAGUGGUAGGGAGCUGGAGCAGGGCCCCAGCUGAGGAGUGCGUGAGAGUAGAGUGUAGGCCCCAGCAGAUGGGCAGCCGUGUCCCCAGGAAGGGCCGCAGUGGGGGAGUGGCUAGGCCUGUACAGUGGAGAGUGAGCCACAGCGCAACUGUCACCGUUGACAAACACUGAGGACAGAAUCUGAUUGGAAGGAAUCUGCAGAGCUUAGUCACCCCUCAGAACCCCUCCUCCCCAAGCUGGAGUGCCGCUCAGGUGAUGGACCUCGCGAGCUGUGUUAGCGUUUCAGUGAUGUUCCAGGUGUCAGGUUAUGUAGCUGGUGUCCUGUUUACCUGCGCUGCUCUGUGAACUGGGCUUCAUGUCCAAGUCAGCCAGGAAGACGGCGAUGGCGGUGUCAGCGCGGGGUCUCUACUUCGUGGCGACGCUCUUCCUGACCAGUUUCUUCGGCAGCGUGUUCAUGCUGGGCCCGGUGUUGCCACUCAUGCUACUGUCUCCGGCCUGGUACCGCUGGCUCACGGAUCGCAUCGUCGCCACCUGGCUGACGCUGCCCGUGGCACUGCUGGAGCUGGUGUUUGGCGUGAAGGUGGUGAUCACCGGCGAUGGCUUCAUCCCCGGCGAGCGUAGCGUCAUCGUCAUGAAUCACAGGACACGCCUGGACUGGAUGUUCCUAUGGUGCUGCUUGCUCCGCUACAGCUACCUGCGGCUGGAGAAGAUCUGCCUGAAGGCGGCACUGAAGGCGGUGCCGGGGUUUGGCUGGGCCAUGCAGGUGGCCUGCUUUGUUUUCAUCCAGCGUCGCUGGGAGCAGGAUCGCAGACACUUGGGCAACAUGCUGGACUACUUCUGUGCUAUCCGCGAGCCCCUGCAGCUGCUCAUCUUCCCAGAGGGCACCGACCUUACUGAGAACACCAGAGCACGAAGUGACGACUUCGCCGAGAAGAACGGACUGCCUAGAUACGAAUACGUGCUGCACCCCCGCACCACUGGAUUCACCUUCAUUGUGGACACGCUGCGCAAAGGAGACAAUCUGGAUGCCGUUCACGACAUCACUGUGGCUUACCCUGAGAACAUCCCACAGACGGAGCGUCACCUUGUACUGGGCCAGUUCCCCCAGGAGAUCCACUUCCACGUGCAGCGGUACCCGGCAUCCGAGCUGCCCGACUCUGCAGAGCAGCUGCAGGUCUGGUGCCAGGAGCGCUGGGCAGAGAAGGAGCAGCGGCUGCGCGACUUCUACAUGGGCGCGAGGCGCUUUGACGCCACGCCGGGCGUCAGCCACGUACCGCCCUGCAAGACCGCUGCACGAGUGCUGCUUAUCAAAGCGGCCUCUCUGCUCUACUGGAACGCCUUCGUCGGGCUGUGUUGCGUGGGUCUCUGGCUCUGGCCGCCACUGCGCAUCUACCUUCUGCUUGUGGCACUGUUCUUUAUUGGUCAGCAGAGGGCGCUAGGAGGGCUCGAGCUGCUGGAAAUGGCCUGCCACCGGCACUGGAGCAGCGAGGCAGGGCUGAGACCCGUGGCUGCUGGGAAGGAGGACUGAGUUGACGAGUGGAAGUUCGAAUACCAAGUACUCUUGGUACCCCCCCCUCCCCCGGUUCUGUUAUGGCUCCCCGUAAUUCAAGGCCUUUCAAGCACUGACUGAUUUGUUGCUUUGAUGGGGUAGGAUACCUCAGGGUGGGGGAGGCAGGGAUGGGUCCACAAGAACAGGGAAGCUAGUGCAAAUGUCUCCCUCAUGAUCCUUGUGCACAACUGAUUGUGUUCUGCAUGGACAAUCUCUCUCUCUCUCUCUCUCUCUCUCUCUCUCUCUCUCUCUCUCUCUCUCCUGUCUGUCCAUCUUUCUGUCCCUCUACACACUGGCCCAUGGUAUGGGCUGCCCGUCUGUCCAUGGAAACCAGAAUACACUUGCAUGCACUUCAGUCACUUGAAGUCUGGUAUGUCCGUCACUUUGUCAACACGCUGUGUAUUUAAAUUCUUUUUGGGCAACAGCUGAUUUUAUUGCAUAACCAUCGAGUUUUCACAGGCACAUAUUUAGUGGAGAAAGUGGGGGGGGGGAUCCCUUCACUACGGAGCAGAUUAUGAUGUUAUUAUUUCAGGCUGCUAAGCUUGUUUUUAAUCUUGGAAUUUUGUAUGAUGCAUAGGAAUAUGCAUAUAUUUAUUGGACUAGCUAAGGGGGGGGGGAAUUAGCCAGCCAAGGGUGUUUGGCAAUACAGCAAGUGCCUGCUGCGUAGCAUCUCGCUGAUUUGGCAGUGUCACAUGACCCAGCAGACAACCCAGCAUCCGCUAGAGAUAAAUACCCGCACUGUGAUUGGCAUCAGGUUUCUGUCUUAGCACAGCGGGGCUGCAUACAAAUCUGGGGAAUAUGGGCUAGCAGGCUUUCAGCUCCUGGCCCUAGGGCACAUAUUGGUGGCAGGUUGCACUGUGUGGCUUUCUGUUUACUUGGAAGAUCAGGCGUAAAAAGCUUAGUUAAGGUGCUAUCCAAUUACCGAUCGCUCAUCCAUAGGAUUCAAUGGAAAAUCUGUCAGUCAGAGUCAUUCUUGUGGGAUAAGAGUAUGAGAACACAGCCAGACUGUGAGCCAGGUUGUUUCGUAUUAAUGCUGUCUGUAUAGAAUAUUUUACUUCCUUUUAUUCUCUUUUACGACUCCAGUUUUUUUACGUAGCUUUUUAAAGCCUGUCUCUCUUUGUUCAUUUUGUGCGUAUCAUGAUGUUUUCAUGUUCCUGGGGGGGGGGGGGGGGUUCAAUAAUCAGCUGAUAUCUGAGUGAUACUCAUCACUAACCCUCCAGAGCCACUGUUGGAGAAGCUGUGUAACCUUGGCAACUCCUGCUUUGCCUGUGGACGAAGUACCAGGUGUGCUAAUAUUUGAGGAAGGUAUGACAAGACGCCUCCAAGCCCACCUCUGGGCCCCGUAGCUCCUCUAGGUUCGGAAUCCAGGAACCUCAGUGUCAGCCGGAGUUCAUAGAGAGACGCCCUUCUCGCCUCCUCCUGAGCGACUUACUCACAGGUACCCAAUAGUGUAUGCAGUACACGGGCACUCAUGUCUAUCAAUAGCAUUUUUUUAACUGUACUUUUUAUUUGCUGUUGGAAGAACACCCACUUCCCCCCCUGUCUAAUGAUAUGGUCUUUUUAACCUUGCCGGGGCUGAUUGUUGUGCCAAGGAUGACCGAAGCUCACAGUGGGGGGGGGGCUGGCUGGCCAGUUCAUCAGUCGCCCCACUUUCCAUCCAGAUUAGGAGUGGAAACUAGCCCUGAGCCCUCACCUCCCCAGGAGGGCUUUGGCCGCCUCUUGGUCCACAUUGCCAAAUUAGUUAUUGACAGCUGAAAACAACAGGAUGCUGCCAGGAGGGAAAGGAGAAAACUCUCAUCAGUAAAUCAGCCUCAUUUGCUUUUCGUCACUCUCUGCUGUGUUCUGUCCCCUGUUACUGACGCUUCCAUUCCUGCAAUGCCUGCCCCUCUUAUAGGCCGUCAUGUCCUAUUAGAUGCUGUACAUCUUUUUCUUUUCUUAAGAGGAAAGUUGUCCAGGUGUAACGUCCUGGUUUGCGCACUGUGAUCUGUUGUGUCACUCUGUCGUCCGGUGGAGGUGAUGGUAGUUUUGGGGAGGUCCCAGUGGACCUUAAUAUAAUAAAGACCUAUAUCCAGCUA